AUGAUGUCAGGUCCCUAUGAGGAGGACAACGAGAUGAACACACUGAGUCAGGUCAUUGAUCAAGAGCAUAUGAUCAAAAUUACAUCGAAUUUCACAAGGUUGGGAGACAGAUGUUAUUUGGAAAAUGCGGGGGCCACAUUAUAUCCGCAAUGUUUACUCACUGCUGUACAUGAAGAUCUAGUGAAUAAUGUCUACAUGAACCCUCACUCAGAUAAAUAUACUAAAGACUGUGUAGAACAAAUCCGCAGUAGCAUCCUUAAGCACUUCAACACAGAUCCGUCUACUUACACAGUUGUAUUUACAGCGGGGACAACAUCUGCACUGAAACUAGUCGUUGAAUCUUUUCAAUUUUCUGUAGACGAUAUAGAUAAUGAGAGAAACAGCGGAUCAUUCGUAUAUUUGAGAGAUAACCACACAUCGGUGCUUGGUUUGAGAGAAAUUGCUGCUGACAAAUAUGCUGACAUUAUACACAUAUCACAUGAAGACUUCCUAUUAGCUGUUAGUAAUAACGAAAAGUCACAUUUAAUGCGAAAGGAUAAAUUCCUAAACAAGGAUGAUGCCAACACAUUGCUGGUAUACCCUGCACAGAGUAAUUUCAAUGGAUUUAAGUACCCCAUUGAUUGUAUGGAGCUCAUAAAAAAUGGAUGCCUCAACAAUCACUUAAAAAAACAAUUGUGUCAAAUCAAUAAUAACUGGUACAUUCUUCUUGAUGCAGCUUCAUUUGUGUCAACAAAUAGAUUAGAUCUGUCCGCUACCCAACCAGAUUUUGUGUGCCUCUCAUUCUAUAAGAUAUUUGGGUACCCAACUGGAUUGGGGGCAAUUUUAAUUAAGAAUAGCAGUAGUGAUGUUCUAUCCCAAAAGAAAUAUUUUGGAGGUGGGACUGUUGAUUUUGUUUUAAGUACAGAAGACAUGCAUGUGAAGAGGAAAGAUUUGUAUGAAAGGAUGGAGGAUGGCACAAUACCAUUUCUAUCAGUGCUUUCAUUGAAACAUUGUUUUGACACUAUGCACAAGUUAAUACCUAAAUCAAUAUACGAUGAUAUAAUGGAUACAGUAUCGUACCACACAUAUUUCUUAGCGAAAGACCUUUAUUUCCAACUGCACGACUUGAAACAUGCAAAUGGUAAUAAGGCAGCUGUUACAUACAUGGAUUCCAACUUUAGUGAUAUUAGAAAACAAGGUGGAAUUGUUACAUUUAAUCUUUUAAGAGAAGAUGGCUCCUAUAUUGGUUUCGUUGAGUUUCAACAUAUGGCAGAUUUAUUCAAUAUCAAUGUUAGAACGGGAUGUUUUUGCAAUUCCGGCUCCUGUCAACGCCAUCUAGUAGCUUCUAAUAAAGAAUUGAAAGAAAUGUACAAAUCGGGUCACGUAUGUGGCGACGAGGUAGAUCUCAUUGAUGGGAGACCAACUGGAGCAAUUAGAGCUUCAUUUGGAUACUUUAACACAUUCAAUGAUGUGGAUAAACUAAUACAUAUGAUAUGCCGGUGCUUCGUCAAAACGAAAAUGAAACCACCAAAACGUUACUUAUCAAUGAGUCAUAGAACAAUAAUAGAUGCAUUAAAAAGUAAUAAAUUAUACAACGGCAUAGCACAAGCACAGAAGAUAUGGAAUCAACACGAAUUCUUUUUUAAGAACGACGUAGAAGAUAUUCCGCAUCAUAUUACUGAUGCUAAAAUCACAUUAAAAGAAGUAGCCAUAUUCCCGAUUAAAUCUUGUGGUGCUUUUAAAAUUAAGUCUGCAUGGAAAAUUGGACCUAAAGGAUUUGAAUAUGAUAGGGAUUGGAUGAUUAUAAAAGAUAAUGGCGUAUGUUUAACACAGAAACACACUCCUAGAAUGUGUUUGAUAAAACCUAAAAUAGAUCUGCAAAGAAGAGUAAUGGUAUUAUGCUUUGAAGAUAAGCCUCCAGUAUCAGUGCCAUUAGAUGUUACGUCCGACAAGAAAACGAAGAAUUCAUCGCUAUGUCGUAGUAAAGUUUGUACAGACAUCAUCCAAGGUUAUGACUGUGGUGAUGAAGUAGCCGACUGGAUAUCGGAGGCCUUAGAGAUAUCCUACUUGCGUCUUAUUAAACAAUCGAGUGACGACAAUAGAGCCCAAAAGAAGAAACAAAAUGGCGAAAAAAAACUGCUUUCAUUAAGUAACCAAGCUCAAUUCCUCUUGAUAAACAAAGCCACAGUUCGAUGGUUAAGGGAAAAGAUUCAGGAUCCUCUAUUCGUCGAUGACGUGGACAGUUUGGCCGACCGAUUUAGAGGAAACCUCGUAAUUGAUAUGGAAGAAGAACUCGCCGAACGAGAUUGGCACAGAGUCAUCAUUGGGAAUCAAGAGUUCAAGGUCGAAGGCCUCUGCCCAAGAUGCCAAAUGGUGUGCAUCGACCAACAAACAGGCGAAAAAACAGUAGAACCUCUUAGGACAAUCUCUGAACAGUUUGCUGGAAAGCUGCGAUUCGGAAUUUAUUUAAGUUAUGUGGGUGCAGCGGACAAUUCUAAAGACCGUUACCUAAAAAUACAUACACCAGUAAAACCUAUAAUAAAUGAAGACGAUAUAAGUAGGUGA